CUCCCGCGGGACAGAGACGGAGAGGACGCUGAGCUGCUGAGACUGUGCUGGACGCUGCUGGACUCCGCGUCCGUGAUCACACGGGGCUGGCUUCCGAUGGGGGCGCAGGCGAGCACGCCCUGCAGCUCCCCGAGCCUGCCCUGCGCCAGGAGCGUGAACGCAGACUGGAUGGCGGCCCUGUGCUCCCGGCUCUGGGACGUGCCCCUGCACCACCUCUCCCUCCCAGGGAGCCACGACACGAUGACGUACUGCCUGAACAAGAAGUCCCCCAUUGCCCACAACGAGUCUUGGAUGCUGCGGCUUCUGAGCAAGGUCCUGCCAUGCGUUACCCGCCCCGUGGUGCUCAAGUGGUCCGUCACCCAGGUGCUGACCGUCACGGAGCAGCUGGACGCCGGGGUGCGGUACCUGGACCUGAGGAUCGCGCACAUGGUCGAGGGCUCGGAGAAGAACCUGCACUUUGUCCACAUGGUGUACACGACCGCGCUGGUGGAGGACACGCUGACCGAGAUCUCCGAGUGGCUGGAGAACCACCCCCGGGAGGUGGUCAUCCUGGCGUGUAGGAACUUUGAGAGGAUGACGGAGGAGCUGCACGAGUACCUGGUCACCUGCAUCAAGAACAUCUUUGGGGACAUGCUGUGUCCCCGCGGGGAGGUGCCGACGCUGCGCCAGCUGUGGUCGCGGGGCCAGCAGGUCCUCGUGUCCUACGAGGAGGAGGCGUCCGUGAGCCGGCACCCGCAGCUGUGGCCCGCGAUCCCCUACUGGUGGGGGAACCAGGUGAAGCCCCAGGACCUCGUCCGCUACCUGGAGCGCAUGAAGAGCUGCGGCCGCCCAGGCGGGCUGUUCGUGGCCGGCAUCAACCUGACGGAGAACCUGGAGUACGUGCUCGUACACCUGUCCGCCUCCCUGGAGCGGAUGACGCUGCCGGGGCUGCCGUACCUGUGCGCCUGGGUGCGGGGACAGCGCCCGGGGCCGGGCGCGCGCUGCACCAACAUCAUCGCCGGCGACUUCAUCGGGGCCGACGCCUUCGUCAGCGACGUCAUAGGGCUGAACGCGAAGCUGCUGCGGGGCUGACGGCGCCCGCGUCGUGGUCCGUCCCCGGGGAUGCGGGUGAGCAGAGCGGCGGGGCCGGGCCGCAGCUCCCGCGCCUCCGCCCCGACGCGGGCGCCCCGCGCACUCCCGGCCCUUUGUUCCUGGUCCUCCGUGUCUCUGCGGGCGGAUCCCGCGUGCGCGGUGAUGACUACAGGUGACUAUACGAUCACAUCCUCGAGGAGACUCGCCUGGACCCGGGGGGUGUGGGCGCAGCCCCGGCUGUGCUGUGCUUGCGGGUGGGAGAGGCCCAGGCAUCCGCUCGCCGGGGACAGAGAGCCGUGGACAGUGGCCCGCAGCUUGAGGGGCGAUGAUAUCCUGUCCGUAGGGAGGGACUGGGCACGUUAGAAUCCCAGCGAGAAGACCCUUUUAUUAGAUAACGGGGAAUAACCUGAGUCUAACGGAAUCACAGCGACGGCCUUUCCCUCCGGCCAGCGGGUCGUGCUUGGGGGAUGGAGUGGAGACCACGGCACGUGGUCAAUAAUUCCAACUCAGUGACCAGAGUCUCCCAGGCGUCCGACCAUGAUAACCUCACAUUGGUGUCAGGAAGGGCUCAACAUGGAUCAUUUAAUUCUGGAGAAUAAUUAAAAGAUAUUG